UCAUCUAUGUGAUGUAGGUCUUAGCUCAAGUAACCCUAUACUGUUACAGCAUUAUGGCACCAUAGCUCAAUUAUAUAUAGAGCAUUGGUGACACCCUUCUUGGCACAAAACAGAACACAAAAACCAUGGUGUCACCAAUCUCACUUAUUGUCCUCUUGUUAUUAGUUUCUUUAGGAGAUUCAGCUUCAGUUCAAGAAAGUUUUGUCCAAUGUCUCAACUUGAAUUCGGACAAAACAUUUCCAUUUUACUCAUCAAUCUACACUGCAAGCAACCCUUCAUUCACCAGCAUCCUUGACUCCUCCGCACAGAACCUAAGGCUUUUGGUGCCUUCAGUGCCAAAACCCGAGUUCAUAUUCACACCCUCUCGUGAUUCCCAUGUUCAAGCAGCAGUAAUCUGCUCCAAGAAACUUGGGAUUCACAUUAGAGUGCGAAGUGGCGGCCAUGACUAUGAGGGAAUUUCGUACGUCUCCGAAAUUGAGAGCCCCUUCAUAGUUGUGGAUUUGGUCAAGCUCCGCGGCAUCGACGUUGAUGUAAAAAGCAACACUGCUUGGGUUCAAGCUGGUGCCACAACUGGUGAAGUUUACUACAGAAUAUAUGAGAAGAGUUCAGUUCAUGGUUUCCCUGCAGGCCUUUGCACAAGCUUAGGCAUUGGAGGGCAUAUCACAGGAGGAGCAUAUGGAGCCAUGAUGAGAAAAUAUGGCCUUGGAGUUGAUAAUGUCUUAGAUGCUAAAAUUGUUGAUGCCAAUGGAAGAAUUCUUGAUAGAGAAGCCAUGGGGGAAGACUUAUUUUGGGCUAUAAGAGGAGGUGGAGGUGGAAGCUUUGGAAUCCUUCUUUGGUGGAAGAUAAAGCUUGUUUCUGUGCCACCAACUGUGACAGUUUUUACAGUUACCAAAACCCUUGAGCAAGGUGCAACCAAGAUUCUUCACAAAUGGCAAGAAGUGGCACCUUAUAUUGAUGAAAACCUCUUCAUCAGAGUCAUCAUUCAGCCAUCUAGUGAUGCAAGAAACAAGACUCAGAGAACCAUCGCAACUUCUUACAAUGCUCUCUUCCUUGGUGGGGCCAGAACACUCCUCCAAGUCAUGAAGACAAGUUUUCCUGAAUUGGGGUUGACAAUAAAGGAUUGCUUGGAAACUAGUUGGAUCAAAUCUGUGCUCUAUAUUGCAGGCUUUCCAAGUGACACCCCCCCAGAAGUUCUGCUCAAAGGAAAGUCAACAUUCAAGAACUUCUUCAAGGCAAAAUCAGAUUUUGUGAGGGAACCGAUACCGGAAACCGGGCUCGAGGGGUUGUGGCAAAGGUUGCUGGUUGAAGACAGCCCCUUGAUGAUUUGGAACCCAUAUGGUGGAAGGAUGAGCCAGUUUUCAGAAUCUGAGACCCCAUUUCCUCACAGAAAUGGAACACUAUACAAAAUUCAGUACUUGUCUUUGUGGCAAGAGGGAGACAAGAAUGCUGCAAAGCACAUAGAUUGGAUUAGGAAGCUUUACAACUAUAUGGGUCCUUAUGUUUCUAGCUUGCCAAGGGAAGCAUAUGUGAAUUACCGGGAUCUUGAUUUGGGGAUAAACACCAAGAACAGCACAAGUUACAUUCAAGCAAGUGCUUGGGGUUAUAGGUAUUACAAGAACAACUUUGACAGGUUGGUGAAGAUUAAGACCAAAGUGGAUCCUGAAAACGUGUUUAGGCACGAGCAGAGUAUCCCACCACUUCCACUCUGAAUGAAAAAGGAAAGAAAUGGGGGAAUACGGCACCAUGCUGCUACAAUCAUUAAGACUGGUUACUAUAAAAUUUGUGAAAGGGUUAAUAUGCUAGUUUAGAGCAAAAAGGAUACAGUACAAAUAUAUAAUUAGUUGCUUUGUUUUUGGUCAAGUUAAUGUUGUGAGAUACAGAUUAUGUUGCUAAUCGUUUGCUGUUUCUGUGAUUUGUGUAUUUCACUAGAUUGUGUAUUUAUGUAUGAGUGACUGAAGUGUUGUUUCUCAAGCAAAAACUGUGUUAUAUCACUAAUGGUCUUGUUCUUGGA